GCCGGUCGCAUGCCACCGACGUCACACUUUUGACAUUGGCAUGGAGCGUGAUCACAGGCUGACACAGUUCUCGUAGUUAUGGCUCUCCCCCAACUUUCAAGGUCCCUGACUGGCCUCCUCGUGGGUCCAUCGUCCAUAAUUCACCAGAGGACUUUUAGUGUGUCUGCUGUUGCAGCAGCCAUUCAGAAAAUGUCGAGAGUCCGGGUGGUGGACAACAGCCCUCUCGGGAAUACGCCGCAUCACCGUCCGCCAAGAGUAAUCCAUGUCUACACCAAGAACGGCGUAGGAAAAGUUGGUGACAGAGUGCUGCUUGCCAUCAAGGGACAGAAGAAGAAAGCGCUGAUCGUUGGACACAAGAUGCCUGGAGAUCGCAUGAGUCCACGCUUUGAUUCGAACAAUGUCGUUCUGAUUGAGGACAACGGGAACCCUACAGGGACGAGGAUUAAAGUUCCGAUACCAACACAUCUGCGGGAACUGGAGGGGGACUACUCUAAAGUGUUGGCAAUUGCUAGUGCAUUUGUUUGAUAACUGUAUCAGCCAGCUGUUGUUUUUGAAAUCCAUAUAUAAUCUGUACAUUUUCCGAUCUGCUGGGGAAUAAAAUACGAUUCAUAAUUGUA